UUGGGUUUUUCAUAUCAAAGUGUCACCAAAUUGUAAACAAACAGACGCGAUCAGCUUGCACGUGUUUUCUGUUUGCCGCGAAUAGUUUGCACAGAAAGGAUAUCAACGGUUCGUACGCAGAAAUUACUAUCGAGGAAACAAAAUGGAGGAAAGAUCAAACUCCGAUGAAACUACAAAUGGCGAUCAAGUGGAGGAAAAGGAGCAAUCGCAAGAAACAACUAUCCAGGCCACCAUUGCUGAAAAAGAAGGCGGGAAAGUAAACCUUGACGAAGACAAACGUUUGGAUGAGACAUCCAUUGAAACAAUUACUCCUUCAUCUGAAACGAAUUCAGCAGCCAAAGAUAUCUGCGAAAGCAGUAGCGGCGACGAGAAAUUGAUUGAAGUAAAAGAAGCGCAGAGCGCCGAAGAAUCAUCAGCAGCGGAAGUCUCGGAAACACCCGGAAGCGUUGAAGCGAAUAACACCAUAGAAGCUCCUGUACAAGCUGAAUCAGUUGAUGCAAGUGUUGGAGAUUUGGAAGAAGCUGUGGCCGAAGUUAACCCAACCAUUGUAGAAGAAAUCUCUCAAAAAGAAGUUCCGAAAGAAGCAGAACAAACUCCCACGAUGGAUCUCGCAGCUGAGCCCACUAAUCAGGCAAUGGAAGUAGAGGAGGAACCGGUUAUCCCAACACCGGUUGCAAUUGUUUCCAUCCAGGAACAAGUCGUUGCAGACCAAACACUUCCAGUGCCGGUUGCAAUUGUUUCCAUCCAGGAACAAGUCGCCGCAGACCAAAAACUCGAAACGGAGGCUGUUCAAAAGAUCAGCAACAGUUCGUUGUCAAUGUUGUGUCAAUAUUCGGGAAGUUCCGAUUCGGAGACGGAAGAUACCGAUACAUCCAAUGUGUUAGAGGAAGCAAAACCGAGCUCAUCGUCUUCCUCUUCCGACGACAGUGAUGUAGAGAUUGUUAAGGAAAAUUCUAUGACUGCCGGAGGCUAUCGUGUGCAGGAUGAUCCGAUUUUAGUAAGCGAUGCAGAAACCAUGGAUACAAACGCUGCAUCUUCGGAAGAUGAAAUUGAAGAACCCGUUACGGGACCGAUCCGUACCGCGGGUGAGAUACUGCCACAUGAAUUGCCUCCUAUCGAAGAGUUGACCAUUACCGUCCCGGAGACGGAAUGUAAACCAAUCGGGCAUAUCGAUUCGAUUGUGUCACAGAUCGUACUGGUACAGUCCGUUGCUGGAGCCGAGUUGCUUAAUUUAGACACAGUUCUGUUUCUGGAGCGUGGAAAACGCGCACUGGGGAAAAUUUUCGACGUGAUCGGUCAGGUAAACCAGCCCAUCUAUUGCGUGCUGUUCAACUCGAAUCAGGAAAUAUUGACCAAAAACAUAACCACCGGAAUGGAGGUAUUUUGCGCACCUCGGACAGAAUACACCUCGUUCAUCAUCCUGUCGGAGCUGAUGCGCACGAAGGGUUCCGACGCCAGUUGGAUGCAUGAUAAUGAAAUUCCAUCCUAUAUGGCCGAACAUUCGGACGAUGAGGAGGAAAGGGCAGCCAAGAGGAACCGUAAGAAGAGUGCAGCUAAUCGCCAUCACACGCAAAAUGAGGACGGCGAAUGUAGCGAGAUGGGUGAAGAACAACAGCAACAACACUAUAAUCCCCGACAGCCAAGUCCAUCCUCUUCUAGAGGACAUUACGCGCAUCGUCCGCCACAGGCCGGUAGACAGUACAAUCCACGCUAUCCGUCUGGUAGCAGUUGGCAUCACAAUUACAACCCGAGGUUUAAUCACCCGCAACAGUAUCGACCCCGAUUUCCGCAGCGGAACCCGCAACAGUUCCCGCAAAUACCGCAUAUGCAACCACCACCACAAGGCGGCAUGUUUCUGCGGAAUCCUUUCGCUGGACAAGGUCCACCACGACCACCACCACCUGCAGGAUCGAAUUAAUGCUGCGGAUGUGUUGUUGCGGUUGGAAGCCACAAAUUACCACGGUAAGGAAUGGUGGGAUGGACGUUUAUGGAUUUUUAUUACUGAAUUUACAUUUUGAGAACUAAGAAGCAUUAUUUUAAAACUAAAGAUUGAAAUAUAAUUGAGAAUUAUACUUCUUUACACGUUUACAUGUUUUCGAUUAGAUCUGUUCCAUACUGACUUGUGUUUCAACUCUUUUAUUGGCUUUGGUGAUUAGUUGUUCCUCUACUUUUAUCACAAAAUACAUUGAGCAGAUGCUCAGCCAUUCUUGUCCAAAUGUUUUGUACUGAUCGUAGUUUAGAAACUUUCGAAUAACUGGAGAUCUUCGGUACAACAUCCGUUUUCAGGCAGUUCCUAAAUCUUCUCCAGUAAUGAAGGCAACAACUUCCGACAAAUUUGUAGUAUUUUAUGCCAUAUUAGCAAUGUUUAUCCUAUUUGAAUAUUUCUUCACCAUACCCUCAGAACGAUUAGACUAUCUCCGUGCCUGGUCUUCACAUUUAGCAGUUGAACAAUCGGAACCCGGCUUCAUUUCGACCAAGAGACGCAAAUAAGCUAAUACGAUAUUCAUUCGAAAUAAUAUUUAGACAUUUUUUAAUAUUACUUAAAUAUAUUAUCUUCAGAUUUGCAAAGCAU